AUGAAUUUCAAAGGAAACAAAGUCAUACAUACGAUUGUGUUUAAUACUUGUACUCAACUUUCAAAUGAUCGAUCAAGAGUUGUUGGAAAAAAACUUCUUAAAACGAUACUCAAUAAUGGUCAGCAUGACAAUCUUGUACUUAAUUCAGCAAUACGAAUGUUAACAAGAUUUGAUGAUGUUAAAGAAGCUGAACGUAUUUUUUUUUUGAUCAAAGAAAAAGAUAUUUAUAGUUUUAAUGCAAUGAUAAAAGGAUAUGAGAAAAAUGAAGAAUAUGAAAAAGCUUUAGAUUUAUAUGAACAGAUGAGUUUUAAACCAAACAAUGUAACUUACACAAUUGUAUUUAAUAUAUGUACUCAACUUGCAAAUGAUCGAUCGAAAAAAAUAGGAAAAAAUCUUUUUGAAUUAAUUCUUACUCAUGAUCAUCAAUAUGAUGAUUUUCUAUUAACUUCAGCUACAAACAUGUUAAUGAAAUUUGGAGAUGUUAAGAAUGCUGAACGUAUUUUUCGAUUAAUUCGAGAUAAAAAUAUUAUCACUUAUACUAUAAUGAUAAAUGGAUACAAAAUAAAUCAAGAACCAUUGAAAUUUAAUGCUUAUGGACUUAAUGGGAUGGGUUAUGAAGCUGUUGAAUUAUAUAAAAGAAUUCCAAAUAAUGAACAAGAUGAAAUUUCACAUAUAUGUGUUUUAAAUGCUUGUUCUCAUUCUGGUCUUCUUGAUGAAGCUCAUAUUAUCUUCAAUCAAAUUCAUAUUAAAACAGAAAAAAUUAUAACAACUAUGGUUGAUUGUUUGAGUCGUUUAUUUUUAUUUGAUGAAGCACAAAUGGCUAUGCUAUCCGGUACACGUAAUCAUCGUAAUAGUCAAUUAGCUGAAAAAAUAUAUGAUCGUAUGAAAUCUUUAUUUCCUGAUGAAAAACAAUCUCUUUUAUCCGGUGCAUUCCUUCUAUCAAAUAUAUAUUCUUCAUUUGGUGAAUAUGAACGAGCAAUGGAUAUUCGAUCCAAACAAAAAAAUGAAUUAGGUUUAAACAUCAAAGUUGGAGUAACAUGGACAAUGGUUAAUGAUGAAUUAGUGGAAUUUAAAGCUCAUGAUGUUUCUCACCCACGAUCAGAAGAGAUCUAUGCUCAACUUGAUCGUUUAACAUUAUUAUUACUUAAACAUGGUCAUACUGAAAAAUUAGCCAUUGCUUUUAAUUUAAUUCAACGACCUAUACCAUCAAUCAUUCAAAUUACAAAAAAUCUUCGUAUCUGUGGUGAUUAUCAAUUUCAUACAAAUUUUCAAUCAACAUAUGAUCUUUAUAUAAAAGAUCUUAUAAAUAAAAAUGAUCGAUAUAUAAUUGAAAAAUAUUUCUUAAAUUUUGAUCAAUCAUCAUUAAAUAUAAUAUUAUUUAUUGUUGAACAAUUAAAAUCUAUAUUAUUAACUAUUUGUUUAUUAAAACAAUAUCGUUCAAUAGAAAAUAUUGCUACAUUAUCACGACUUGAAACAGAAUUUCAAAUAUCACAUUGGAAUAAUGUUGAAUAUUAUCAUGAUUAUGAAAUGAUGGAUAUAUGUUCAAAAAUAUCAGCUGCUUAUUUAAUUUUCUAUUGUUUAAAUAAUAAUAUAACAAGAACAAUUCUAACGAAUGAAACAAACUAA